AUGGAUCCUUCACCGCUGACACAGGUGUCAAGGCCUGAGCUAUUCCAGCCCAAGAUCAUCAGCCUCUACGAAACGCUGUUCAAGGAAGACGAUGAGGACGUCGAGCUCACCGAGGGCUUCUGGCAGGAGUUCUUCUUGCACCGUCCAGACUCAGCCGGCCUGAAGCGCAUACUGGGCUCGGUGUCCCCCGACGAGAUGCUGCACCUCCAGGCGCAUUCCCAGCAGCUCUUCCGCCGCGCCAUACAGCGAGUCAAGCAGGCCAGACCGCCGUCAGACGAGGUUGCCCUCGAGACCUUGACAGUCUUUCUAGACGCCGCCUUGACGAAGAAGUACACCAACCCAAGCGCCGACAUCAUCGCCGUCCUCGCUGGUCUGCACGAUGCCGACGCCGUCAUGACCGACUUCAUAGCCACGCUGGACGCAGUGAUACGGACCGGGCGCACGCUGGCCCUACGACGCAAAGCUGUACGAGCGACCCUCUCCAUAACCGCGGCUGGCUUCCACACAGCUCUGCCAUCCUACUUCACGCACCGCGAUCUCUUCCCCUCGCUCAUGAAGUACAUCCAAGAUGCAGACGACAGUGCCCAGGUGCUCCCUGCAUUGUACCUCCUCGGCCUCCUUACCAACUACAACAAAUUCGAGUUCCAGAACCCUUACAGACUGCGACUAGACGAUUUCGUAAACGACGCCAUCAUACGAGACAUGAUAACUUGUUUUGGAACAACAUGCCAGGACAUACGGGACGUGUACGUAGCGAUCCAGGACGACGUGCCAGAGGCUUGGUCGCUAGGUUCGACCUUGAGGACAAUUGGAUUGCGAGUGCUUGCGCCAGGCUCGCGGCCAACCACGCCCACGCCAAAUCCAGAAGAGACCAAAUCACUGUUUGCCGCGCUGCCCGGGCCUGAGAUGGGCGUACUCCUCUGCACUUAUGAUUUCGUCAAUGCGAACAAGCUGUUCUGCUUCAAUUUAGCGUCGCAACCAGCAGCAACGAAGGGAGCACCCUCACCAUUCAGCGCCUACCUGUCCAUGACUUCGUAUCUACUCCAGCAUGCGCAUAGAUCUACGAGGUCUGCCUUGUACACACACCUCUGUCUGUUCAUGUUGCAGAUACUGGUCGAAGACAAAGAGCUCGUCAAGCGGCUAUGUAGUGACGACGGCAAGUUGUCUGUCCGCAUGUGCCGCCAAAGACAGCCUUUCCUGCCACAGGUCACAGGCGAUCGAGUUCCGGCUACGGUUAUUCUGGAUCUUAUGAUCGAUGGCAUCAACCACAACCUGCGACGACGGCUCGAUGUCGACUUCUACAUCCUAUCCCUCGGCAUCCUGCUGCGCCUUCUCUCAUACCUCAGCCGCACCAAGACUCGCCUCGCGUACCACUGGUCUGAACUUUGGAGAACGCUCUUGUCCCUCCUUCGCUUCCUGACACAAUAUGAAAGCGACAUCAAGUCAAAUUACAAAUCCAACAAGAUGAUUGACGUCCUCGUCAACCUACUCGCUUUCGCUCUAUCAAGUGGGGAGAACUUCCUUCCGGACCCUGCAUCCUACGACGACCUCUUCUACAAGCUUGUCGAGACAGGAGAUAUCCUGACAAAGUUUAGAGAUACAUUUAGGCUGGGCAGUUCUGGCGCAAUGCAGAUCUUGGUAAAUGUAUCAUCGCACUAUCACUCUUUACUAUCGGAUGGCAAGAAAGGAAAGCACUUUAGUCCUGAAGAAGUCAGUGUUGUGAUCAAGCAAGGCUACGAGACUUUGUCCAUCGAUUCGAGCGAAGGGCUAGAUGGAUGGGACAAGUUUCGAGAAGCUGAUUUCAAGACAAUGCUGAAGAAGAUUGCAAGAGCUGCAGUGGAAGAUGCGAAAGCAUUGAACGAAGAGCAAUAA